GGGCUUCUGCUGUGUUUAGCACACGGAGAGGGGUGGCUACGGCUUUCUCCUUCCCGUGCGGAAUCGCUAUCAAGAGAUUUCGGAAGCAUAAUUUUUGCGAAUGGGGUAGCUGAUAACCGCUUGUUCCGGCUCCCCGACUUAAGGCUGUGGAAUAGUAGUAAUAGUUUCGGACUAGUCCGAUUUUGCGGAUCCUUACGUUCGCCGAAAGAGGAACCGUGGGGAAAAAGCGCCGAAAGGUUGAAGGGAAAAGCAUUAGGAAUUACAGGGUGGAGUUAAUUUUUGGAAUGACGCGUGCGCAGAGCCAGCUUUCCCAAAGGGUUCGAGCUGUAAAGGACUAGUUGAAGUGCCGAAGCCGUCUGUAAAGGCAAAAAAAGAAGCACUUUCUAGAGAAAAGUGUUAAACAUGAAUAGUGUAUUCCUCGUAGAGGCUAAGGCCAAUUCUGUCUUAAAAAGAUACCCACGGGCGAAUGGACUUUUGGAAGAACUUAAAAAAGGAAACAUUGAGCGUGAAUGUUAUGAAGAACGCUGUGAUAAAGAAGAGGCAAGAGAAGCAUUUGAAAACGAUGAAAAGACAGCAGAAUUUUGGAAAGACUACACCAAUGGACUCUAUGGAGGGAGCAACACAGGACAGAACUGGUACCCAUUUUACCUAACGUUUCCUCUAGUCAUUGGCCUUUUGGUGGUGGUCCUUAUUAUAUUUGUCACAUGGAGAUGCCUGUUCCAAAAAACCGCACACCGGCAGUCCAUGUACAUGCAGAGCAGAAGCAGGGAAGAUACAGACGACAGAGCCAUUCCUGAUGGGAGAAAUCCUAUCCUUCCGUCAUUCAGCAUUCUUCAUUCUCCCCAAGAAGAAAUGUUUGAAGGCAGUGGGCGCUCCCCAGUGUACCUGAGCCACACAGAGGGGCCUAUGGGCUUCUUACCAAUCGAGAUGUCACACUGUGAACCGCCACCAUCCUACGAGGAAGUUGCUGGCGAAAGUAGCACACCCAGAAAUGAAUCUGCAUGUCAUUUGGAUCCCCCUCCUCAGUACGAGGACAUUGUGAAUAGCAUUUCAGUGCCUCGGGUCAACAUCAAAUGAAAGAGAAGGAUUCCCUUUGUGGAAGCAAAUGAACCCUAACACUUUUUAGCACUUUAUUGCAGCUUGAUGUUUCAGAGAUUUUUUGUAUUAUGCCAAUUCUUAUUCUCUAAAUUUGGCUUGUUUGGUGAGGAUCCCUGCACCUGGGGAAACAAAAUAGUCUUCAGCGUAACUACUAUAUUAACCCUAGGUAUGGCAUUAUUGUUGUGGCAUACUUUUUUCUACUAUUGAAAGUGGUGCUAAUAAAUGGCUCAAUUAUCAAAAUGAAUUGUCUAUGCAGAUGGCAAAACAGGACAUUUUAUCUAGGUUCAGAAAUUAAGGAGAAUCUGUCUUGAUUUCAGUGAUGAAAUUCAUUUUUUUUAAUUACCGGUUCUGUAGACGUGAUUUGGUGGGCGAGGUAGGGGAAGGAUACUGCAAAAUCCCCAUUUCCUUCCCACUCUGGGGCCAGCCAGAGGUGGUAUUUGCCGGUUCUCCGAACUACUCAAAAUUUCCGCUACCAGUUCUCCAGAACCUGCUGAAUUUCACCCCUGCUUGAUUUCUAUUUCAAUGGGGAACCUCCACGGAAUAGCAAGACUGUAGACUAAACUAGGAAGUCAAGAAAAGAUUGCGAAGACAAAGGUGAACCACUUCUCUGUUGCUGUCAAGAAAACGACAUAAAUGUAUCCAUGAAAUCAGAAGUC